AUGGGUCUUAUGGGUAGUGUUAUGCAGGUGUUCAUUUUAACAACCGUAUCCUAUUACCGAAAGACUCCGUGUACAUUUUAUUUUAUUAUUGCUGCUAUACACGAAUGUGGACAGUUUAUAACUGCUUUUGGUCCACUUGUUGUUGCUGCCUAUCUGGACAUUGACAUAACACGUAUUUCUGUCGUUUGGUGUAAGCUUCGCUUUUUUUUUCUUGCAAGUUUUUGUGCCAUUCCUUUGACUUGUGCAUGCUUGGCUACUAUCGAUCAGUUUCUUACUACAUCUCAACAUGUCUGGUUUCGUCAAUGGAGCAAUAUUAAAAUUGCAUAUAGAGCUUCUUUGGCCAUUGUUAUUAUCUGGUGGCUCCAUGGUACCCUUUGGCUAUAUUAUCAGGACAUGUCAUCAAUUAUAGGUGUAUGUAUUUAUCGCAGUAAUGCGUUUUUUGCCUAUACUAUAUUUUUCAUUUGUAUUAUACUCUGUGUUGUGCAUAUUUUAAUAAUGAUGACAUUUGGAUUUUUGGCUUAUCGAAACAUAAGAAGAACAACUGUUCUUCUACGUCGACAUGCUGAUCGACAAUUAACAAUUAUAGUAUUCAUUCAAAUUUUGCUUACGUUAAUAGGCAUUACUCCGUACGGUAUUGAUAGUGCUUAUGGAUUGAUUACGGUAAAUACUCAAAAGAAUGCUGACAGAAAAAUUAAAGAGGUCUUGGCGGCCAACAUCACCUAUCUUUUUGGUUCAUUCGCUUAUGGAGUAAGUGUUUUAUGAAAUAUGGUAUUUAUUUUUGUUGUCGUGCACUUUUAGGGACGGUUCUAUCUAUUCAUGUUUGUAUCACCUCGUUUUCGUCGUUUGGUGAAGAAUCGAAUAUUAUGGUGGCGGCGAUCAGAACGUAUUACUCCUUUGGCAAGAUGAUUUUCAUGCUAUUCUUAGAUACGUAUAUGCGUACGAAUGAAGUGCGAAGCUUAUUUCAUCACUCGUGACAGUAUCCGACAUUGACGCUUCUUUGUGUGUACUUUGAUGAGCUUAUGAUGCUAAAUUUUGACUUCUCUUUUUAAGUGUCAUCAUACUCUAUUAACACUAACAAUUAAAAUACAGGACGUGAUUGUAAUACUCUCUUCUUACUAAUUCACGAAUCAAAGACCGAAAAUGAAAAUAUUGAAAAGAAAAGUCCUGAAAAAGUCAUGCAUGAUGUGUAGCACUGCUUCACGUGAUUGUCGAGAACAAUUUCGCUAAUGUUUUAUUCUUCAGAUUGCGAUGAUUUAUUGCAUGUUGUCGUCGUGUUUUCAUUAUUAUUCUCGCGUAUUAAAGAAGGGGUUGGUAAUUGAAAAGAAGUCCCGUAUGUACAGUAUAGCAUGCAAAUCUAAGAAAAAGAAGACAACGAUCAUCCAAAAAAGAAUAAAGACCUCAACAACAAGAUUGGAAAAUGUCGAAAAUGACUUGAAAGAGCAAAAUGUAAUUUUGAAUGAGUAUGGAAUUUUCGUCUGUAUAACAAUUUUGAAUGUAAUUGUGGAUCUUCAUUUCCCUAUUACUCGCAUCCUGAUACUCAAAUGUUGCCGAAUGCGUCUUCAAUCAAGUAGUUUGCUUAAUUGUUUUCAUUCGGUCACAAUCAGAUUAACGAACAAUUUUGAUCGAAAACAAUUCAUCUAUUAAGAGCUUUUAGAGAUAGCUCGAAUCUAGUUUAUUUCAUGCACAGUUCGACGCUAUCAACAAAUCAGAAAUCGUUUUUGACUAUAAACAUAUAGUAUCGAAUAAAAACUUCUGUGCAUUUUAAACUCAUAGAUUUUCCUUGACUCUGUUAAUAUUAUUUCGAUUCGUCAUUCGAUAACUGUACUAGAGAGUUUAACCUCUUCUAAUUUUAUUGGUUGCUACGACACUAGCUAGGAUGUGAGUAUGAAUUUAAAUAAUCAGUUUAAUACAAUCGUAACCUUUAUUGAAUCGUCAUCGUUUUGUUUUUAGAGAAUUUUAUAGAUCGUUCCAAAUAGCAAAUAUGUAGUUCUAUUGGUUGUCUUGAAUUAGAAUUUCUUCUUCUGCAUUCAAUAUAGACACGUAUCAUCAAAAUCAAAUGAAAUAGACAGAUUAAUAUCAAUUUAUUGUUUUUAUUAUUUGUAAAAUAAUAAUUGAUUAUUACGGUUCAUGAAUAAAAAAAAGAAUCUUGUUCAAAUGAAAAUGAAAAAUAUUUUAGAUCAAAAAGAUUAAAAUAAUUUCUAAACAAUAUUGUCCCAUUUUGUAUUUCACUUUAUUUCUUUCGAUAUGAUCAUUUUUUGUGAAUCUUGCAUCGAUUCAAUGUAUUGGUUUUUGAUUGCUUGGCUGUGUUAAUUAAUGUUAUUAGAUCUUUUCUAUGCUUAAGCUAUAGAUAAUGAUGAGAGUAGAGACCUAUAGGGUUCAUAUUUUUCACAACCUGUAAUCUGCCCUGUAAAAAUUUUCUUGGAUAUUUAAACGAAAGAUUCUUUCUUGAGAAGUUCAGCUGUCCUGUAAUCAGUACCAGAGAAGGUUAACUAUGUGCGAGAACAUAACCCUAGGGAAAAUCUUUGAUGUUUCAGCCCCGGAUCCUUGGAAGAUAGGAUCAAGAUCCUGCAAGGAUUCGAUGUUUUUUCCUGAGGAAACGACUAAAUCCUGAAAGAAGCGUGUAGCC